GUAUACUUGGACGGUGUCAAAUAGCUCCCUGGAGAUGAAGUCCUCAGGGACCUGGGGAAGGGAGUGGCAAGAGGUGCACCCACCAUUACCACCUCCAGUUAUCCAGGAAUGGAUAGAGAUGCCCGCGUGCAGCACGGGAAUCCAGUGCACAUCAGUCAGCUGAGCUCCCAAGAGCGACCCUCUCCCCGCCAAGCCUCGCGAGCCCGGGCAGCACCUGAUAGGUGAUCUUUGGUCCCAGAGUUGGGUGGAAUUCGCUGAAGAAUAUGCAUUCGAUGCGGCAGCUGCUGCCCAUGGCGCUAGAGAGUCCUGGGUCCGUGGCUCUUUGUCGCUGGCGCGGAGGCGCCCCUACUUGUGAGAACACCUGUCAGAAACAGUCCUGGGGCCUGGGCCACCGUGUCACCCAGUCUUGCGCGCGCGCACACACACCAGCGAAGCCGUCUGCUUAAUAGAGUCUGCGUAGCGAGAUUCAGAGGCGGGGCUGCAGGGGUGAGUGGGGCUCUUCCCAGGAAGUCCCGGGUGGGUAGACGUCGCACCCGGAAGUGAAGCGGCUCCGCGACGGAGGGGUGGCGUGCGCGGCAGGGUCCCGGCUAACCAGCUUUCUUUGGGGAGGAAACCACCACGUCGAGUCGGCGCUGCAGGUGAGGCUACAGCUACCGGCCCGACUGACCAUGGCCCUUUCUGUGGAGACCGAGUCGCAUAUCUACCGAGCUCUGCGCACUGCCUCUGGGGCUGCAGCCCACCUUGUGGCCCUGGGCUUUACCAUCUUUGUGACUGUGCUUGCCAGGCCUGGUUCCAGCCUGUUCUCCUGGCACCCUGUGCUUAUGUCUCUGGCUUUCUCCUUCCUGAUGACCGAGGCACUACUGGUGUUCUCUCCUGAGAGUUCGCUGCUGCGUUCCCUGUCACGGAAGGCCCGGGCACGCUGCCACUGGGUGCUGCAGCUGCUGGCUCUGCUGUGUGCACUGCUGGGCCUUGGUCUUGUCAUCCUCCACAAAGAGCAACUUGGCAAAGCCCACUUGGCUACAAGGCAUGGACAGGCAGGGCUGCUAGCCGUGCUGUGGGCAGGGCUACAGUGCUCAGGUGGGGUGGGGCUGCUUUACCCAAAGCUGCUGCCCCGAUGGCCCCUGGCGAAGCUCAAGCUAUACCAUGCCACUUCUGGGCUGGUGGGCUACCUGCUGGGUAGUACCAGCCUCUUGUUGGGCAUGUGCUCACUCUGGUUCACUGCCACUGUCACUGGUGGAGCCUGGUACCUGGCUGUGCUAUGCCCUAUCCUUACCAGCUUGGUCAUCAUGAACCAGGUGAGCAAUGCCUACCUAUACCGCAAGAGGAUCCAACCAUGAACUCUUCCCAGCCAGGGGAAGCCUGGAAUUGUCUCUCAGCAUCAGAGUUGGGGCUGGGAACUUCCUGAACUCUCUUAACUGAUUGGGUCAGGGGAUACUUCAGGCCCUGGGGCAGUAGGAGACCUUUGUGUCACAUUUUUGCUCCUCAUGCUAGAGUGCCUCCCUUGUCUUUCUGCUUUUGCUGUCAUCCAAGAGGAGGAGGAGCAUAUGGAUCACAUGUCUGGAUGAAGCUGAGGUCGCAAGACUGCCUGCAGAGCAAUGCAGCUCAUACUUACACUGUUUUGUCCAGAAUUACUAAGAGAAAAAAGUGAAAUAAAAAUGACUGAAAAGACUGAUGGGAGGAACAGUUCAGAGUUGGGGGUGGUUCUUACUAAUGCCAUAAGCAUUAGGAAGUAGGCAGCUUGGCAAGGUGGGGGUUCUCCCAGCACACAAGUCCCCAGGAUAUGGCUGCUGAGCCUCCCAUGUUUUUGUGAAUGGAACAGCUAUGUGUCUUA